UGUACGCCACAAAAGAUGCUCAGCACUGACUAACAUUUAUUAUUAAUUUGUUGCUGAUUGAAAUGAGCACACCAGCGGAGACAGAGAUUUGAUUCAGCAGAGAUUUCAUACAUUAUCUUUCACCAUUUCCAAAAAGCCUGCAUCCUUAUUCGCUAAAUUAUAGGGUAAUGCUGGAAAGAUUCUGUCAGGAACCAGUUCCAACACAAAGGUAUUUUUUUGGAAAGUGCAUAGCCAACCAUGGAAGAAAUGAUGACCCAGUUCUGUACAUCUCCUUGCAUUGAAAAGGAGAUAUCGGCAGAGUUUAAGACGAGCAGUGUGCGGGCUAUUGGCAAAGACGUAGAUCUCAGUUUAUUAAUCACAAACCUGACAACAGACUCAAAGACUAUUAAAGUUGACAUCAGGGCAUGCUCCGUCCUUUACACCAGGAAGGAAUUGCAUGAACUUCUGAAGGAGAGCAGGGAAAUCCAUCUAGAAAGCUGUGAAGUGAAGAAAGAGCCAGUGAUCAUAACCUACGCUCAGUAUGAGGACCUGAUGAGUGCAGAUAAUGCAAUUGAGGUGACAGCUGCAUGUUCCUCUGAACCAUCCAAUGGAACAGUGAUUGUUCAAACAAAUAUUGUCCUGGAAAAUCCUAAAUUUGAAAUACAGCUCAAGGGAGAGGCCUACUUGAACAAACCAGUUGAUGUUGAAAUCGUAUUCGCCAACCCCUUUAGUAAAGACGUUUCUGAUAUUGUGGUGACUGCAGAAGGCAGCGGUCUGAUCAAAGAUCCAGUAACAAUAAGGGCAUGCACAGUGAACCCGAACGAGACCAUCACAAUUCCUCUAACAGUAACGCCAUAUAAGGCUGGGAAGAAGUAUUUGCUGGUUGAUUUCACAAGUAACAAGUUCCAGAAUGCUAAAGGAUAUCUGGAGAUAGAAGUUCACGAGAAUGAAUAAUUUAUUUAUAACAUUUACAUGUAUAACGCUGCAAGUUAAUUUAUAAUUUAGCUCUGUAUGUCAGCAGGUUUCUGCACAUUAUGUAGGACACAGGCAGGCAGUGUUGGAUCUGUCUUAGCCAUGUACACUUGUGUUGCUUGACAGCUGGAGAAAUCCCACGAUGCUGUUUUACAUAAAGUGACUUCUAUUUUUCUAAAACCACCGUGGGCAUGUUUUAUAGAUGUCUAAAAAGGUCACUUGUUGCAAUGUGACAGAUAUUUUGUAUGCGGCUUUUGCUAUUUGCAGUCAAUAAGGGUCAUAUUCAAUUUCUAAACUGUAAAUGUGUGAGCUGGCAAUGCUGUUUUAUGUGAUCAAGUGCUAUUUGCCUUCCUAGUUCAUGUUAAUGUAUGUGCCCACAUCAUGGCCCUUACAUAUGCCCCAGAAUUCUCUAUAAUGUGGCUUUGCACAUAAAGCUACAGCAAAGUGUAAUGUUUCAACACACGAAAAAAACGUAAGGACUAACCCCCAUAUUAAUUUCAUCAUACUGUAUGUUUUUCUCCUACAAUACUGCUCAGUAUAGCCCCAUUUAUCAUUUAAAAUAAUCAUGCGGGUGAAGAAACAUUAUGGAUGUCAUUUUUGUGUUUCUAAAGGCUUUUAUUACAUUGGCAGCAGAAAUGAUUUUACUGCAAAAUAGCAACUGAAAGUUCCUAAAUACAUUGCAUUAUAGGUAUUCAGGGGCAAGACCAGAUCCUAUUAUAGCUUUACGGGCAAGACAGGAUUCCUUUAUAGGUACAGGAGCAAUGAUCAGAUCCCAUUCUAGUUUUAGAGGAAAUACAGCAUCCAUUAUAGUUACAGGGGCAAAGACUAGAUCCCAUUAUAGCUUUAGAGGUAAGACAGGAGCCCAUUAUAGGCACAGGGGCAAAGAACAGAUCCCAUUAUAGAUACAAGGACAAAUACCAGAUCCCAUUAUAGGUACAGGAGCAAAAACUAGAUCCCAUUAUAGCUUUAGGGGCAAGACAGGAUCCCAUUAAAGGUACAGGGGCUAAGACUAGAUCCCAUUAUAGCUUUAGCGGGGAAUACAGGAUCCCAUAGUAGGUACACGGGCAGGACCAUACCCAAUUAUAGCUUUAGGGGCAAAGACCAGAUCCCGUUAUAUGUACAGGGGCAAAGGCUAGAUCCGAUUAUAAGUACAAGGGCAAAGACCAGAUCCCAUUACAGAUACAGGGGCAAAGGCCAGAUCCCAUUACAGAUACAGGGGCAAAGACCAGAUCCCGUUAUAUGUACAGGGGCAAAGGCUAGAUCCGAUUCUAAGUACAAGGGCAAAGACCAGAUCCCAUUACAGAUACAGGGGCAAAGACCAGAUCCCAUUACAGAUACAGGGGCAAAGACCAGAUCCCAUUACAGAUACAGGGGCAAAGACCAGAUCCCAUUACAGAUACAGGGGCAAAAACCAGAUCCCAUUACAGAUACAGGGACAAAGACCAGAUCCCAUUACAGAUACAGGGGCAAAGACCAGAUCUCAUUACAGAUACAGGGGCAAAGACCAGAUCCCAUUAUAGAAACAAGGGCAAAGACUAGAUCCCAUUAUAUGUACAAGGGCAAAGACCAGAUCCAAUUAUAGGUACAGAAGCAAAGUCUGGAUCCCAUUAUAGGUACAGGGGCAAGACCCGAUUCCAUUAUAGGUACAGGAGCAAUGACUGGAUCCCAUUAUAGGUACAGAGGCAAGACCCAGUCCAAUUAUAUAGGUACAGGGACAAGACCUGACCUCAGAGCUACAAGAAAUUACAAGCCCUUUUUCCAGGAGGAAAAUGCUGUGCACCCUGCCACAAAGAAUAGACACAUCUUUAUCUCAUUUACAUAAUCCUGUCCUGUAUAAUGAAAUCCAAUUUUCGAAGCAUUUACAUAUCUGAUCUGUACUAUGACAGGAAUACCCUAGUCCAUCCAAUUACCUUAUAGACCACUACAUACAGUACAUUUACUCCCAUGCAGACACAGCAAGUUUGGCCUGCAAAUCCAUCCACUUUUCCAUGCAAUGGCUGCAGUAAAUAGACACGUGAAAUCACAAUAGCAUUUGCACUACAGUUUUCCUCUCAUACUGUUCAGAAAUGACCUUGUGCAUUCAUUGCAUAACAUACAUCAUUGUGCUCAUUUAUCAAAUAAAAUAUGUAUUCACUCUCUUAA